AUGUAUAUUUUUUUAUUUAGUUAAUUUUAUACAUUUAUCCAUUUGCUGGGUUUCACGUGUAUGUCUUGAUUGCAGAAAAUGCCUUAAUGUGACCUGAACAUGAUUCAUGGGGGAGUGGCUGACAUUUUUCAAGAGGGGGUGCUACUGGUUACAUGCUUAAAAUGCAAAAUUAUCAGCCACUUUGAUAUUGAAAUCCAAAUAAUUAAUGAUUUAUUCAGAGGAAUCUAGUGAUACACAGUGCAGUGCAUGUUUUCCGCUCUUGCCAAUACAAAAAGCGAGUAUUAACUUGUCUCUGCUUGCGGAAACAAGUUAAAUGACUUUAACUGAUUUUAUUCCCUGAAGCUGAACUUUGGACUUUUAUUGAUGUCCUGACACAGUUGGUGAACAAUUAGCUAUUGAGGUAUUCACCAACGCACUUUGUUCUAGCCAAACAUUGUUAAUUUUUUUUUUUCUUUCUGAUCAGAAUCAAAUCCAGAAGCUUUAAUUUCCAGGAAAAGACUCGGAUGCUGCAGUUUUCCUGUAACCAGCUGCAGAUUGCUGAGAGCACAAUUUACUUCAAGGUGCAACACGUUUUAACCAGACCAAACUCAGAGAAACACACACACAUACAGUUGCCACUGUACUCUCACUAACCUCAUUAUAGUUAUUCGCAUCAGUUCAGUGAAUGUGGGUUAGCCUGUCUGCUGAUUUCCUCCCUCCAGAUUCAUCUGAGUGCAAGGAAAUGCCUCGGGUUUGAGCUCAGAUGACCCGCCCUCAUGAGCAGCACACACACGCUGCCUGCUGCAAACUCCGCUCCGCUCUGUAAUUCACUCUGGAGAAGCGAUGAAGGACAUACUGGUGCUGCUGCUUCUGGUGACUCUCCGAACUAUCAAGGUUCGCUCGCUCCCAUAUCAGCCUGAUUCCAAUGGAAAUUGUCGCGAUCUUACAAAAGAAUACUUGCAUGAUGAUAUUAACUUGUGCUGCAAGAAAUGCCCCCCUGGGCAACGACUGAAGCAGGAGUGCUCUAGAAGCUCUGACACAGUGUGUGAACCAUGUGGACCAGAGCAGUACAUCGAGACCUGGAACUACACCCCAAACUGCUUGUCCUGCACCAAGUGCAAAGCCAAAAACGGUCUUGAGAAUAACCAGACCUGCACCCCAGCCAGAAACGCCAAGUGUGUUUGCAAACGUGGGACGUUCUGUGAGCUCGGGUUUGAUAAUCCGUACUGCACAAACUGUAGGUCGUAUACAGUUUGCAAACCUGGAUUUAGAGUUUCUGUGCCAGGCACCCUGAACUCUAAUGUGAAGUGUGAGAAAUGCCCCACCAAUCCCUGUCCGCCUCACACCACAGCACAAACGGUAACGACUACAGUUACUGUAAACGCCACGAUGCCACGAGGCCCACAGCAGACGAUGCAGCAGCCUGUCAGGCCUCUCCUAACCAUGACACCCAAAUACUCUAAAACAGAACAACCCAUCAGCGAAAUGGUUGCGGUCAUUGCUGGUGCCUCUGGAUUCCUUCUGUUUCUCAUCGUCUUCCUCCUACUGAUACUUUGCAAACGAAAGAAAACUAGAGAUUCUGGACUCUUAUCACCUAAAGUAGAUGCAAAUGGAAACUGUGAGGCAGCAGAACAGAACGGCCACAGCAACUUCGGAGAUUCUCAGAUGAUUUUAUUCAAACAUACCUCGCCGGAGCAAAUGUGUCUGCUGGAGAAAGGGGAAGUCGCCAGUGACCAAAGUGUGAGCAGCAGCGAUACCGAAAAUUCAACCAGGGCGGAUGGUUUCAGCAGCCAUGAGUCCCUCAGGCCUCUACAACCAACUUUAGGUCUCGACAAUCCAGCGUCUCUCCUGUCGGAGCCCCUGACCUUACAGUCUGUCACGGACCCCGUCGCUCCUCAGCGCAGCAUCAGCACACAGAGCUCCUCUCAGCCCACCAGCCCGCAGAUCGUCAGCCCCGUGACGAACAGUCCCCACGUCAACGUCAACAUCACUCUGCAUAUAGGAAACGGUUCCUGUGGGACGCCAUCUUUUCAGCCGACAGACGUUAACCAAGCGGAGCAUCAACUUCCCUUUGGACAGGAAGAGGAGUCCGUCAGCUCUCCUCAGCAAGAGGCAGGCAAACUGUCGUUUAUGUCGGUCGAGGAGAGUCCCAGCUAUUGCACAUGAGAACUCCUGUGCCUUCUGAACAUUUUUUUAACAUUACUGUAAAAUGCUUUGACUGAAAGAAUGUGCAGCAAAAACCCAGUGCUUUGUUUUGCCUUCAGCUAUUACUUUAUGGGUAUGUGUAUAUAUUGUGUGUUGUUGUACAUAAAUGUUCUAAAUAUAUAUUUAUUUAACAUUUUUUUACAUACAUUUCUGAUUUGUACAGUGGACAUAAAAUAAAAGGGCUUUCAAGUGAGCAUUCAGAGUUCUCAUGUAUUUCUCGCCUAGCAUAUUUGGAGUUUAUUUACAUUUUGUUUAUGACCCAGCAUAAAAGAAUGAAACCAGAAUGAAGAGUUUGUGAUGAAACAUGGUUGAAAUCUCUCUAGCCCUUUAUAUUUUUCAGUAUUUUAGGCUAGAAAACAGGGCAAAAAAAAUGACAUUUGCGCUGAUUCUCACUUUAUCCCUUGUGAAACUCAGCAUUAAGAUUGCCAAGUUAAUGUUGAGAUUUACAGUAAUUUGAAAAUACAUCCAAUUUCACUGAACUUCAACUUCAGUUAUGCAAAGUAGCAAUACUUUCCAGUCUCUACAUGUGCAAAUGCUAGUUGAAACAUACA